CUCGGUCUCAUAGUCUAACACACGGUUUAUAUUAUUAUUGGUCUAAUUUACACAAUUCUUUCUCAAGUUCAUGUAUAAAUCACUAAAUCAAUUGAAAGGUGAUCAAGCUCUCAAUGCAUUAAGUUCAAUAAUAUAAACUCGUCAUGCAAAUAACCAAUAAAUCUUGAAUUAAACUAACAAAAACAGUCACAUACUUCAAAAAUUAAAAUCCACCCAUCCCUAGUUCAAAGAAACCUAGCCACACAUGUUUAUGUUCUCAACAGCCAUGAAAAAUAAAUCCCAACAAAAAAUCAUAAUAAAAAGAAAUCAAAAACAACAAAACCCAAACGGAGAAUUGCAGUUUGCCGAAUGAUGUGCUGUGGUCGGGAUCUCCCAAGAAGGCUGGGCGGCAGCGUGGCUGGGCGGAGAAGAGCAAGGCUGGGCGGCGGCUGUUCUCUUCUGCUGCUGGUGAACAACAGAGGCGGGUGCUGGGAUUUUGGGCGGCUGGGUGCUUUUGACCUUGCGCAGAACAACUUCUCUCGCGUAGAACAACUCUCUUGCCCUGCUGGUGGGAGGUUUAUAACACUGGCCGUGACCUAUGGAGGAGACGUCUAUUUCGUUCCCGUACCUGUAUCCGUUUUUCUGAUUAUACUUGUUGGCAUGCUAUAAGUUUAAUAAGGGGCACUCCAUAUUUACUUACUGAGUUUAUCUCAUAGUUUUUCCUUGUCCACCAUUUCAGGAAGCGAAAUCGAGGAUGGGGAAACCAUGGGAAGUGACGAGUUAGAAGGCUAGCCAUUGUAAUUGGAUAUGAAAUUUUAGAGAUAAAUCAUGAUCUUGUAAACUAGACGUUUAUUGGAGAUUUAUGAUAUUAGAGCAAAUUAUAAAAUUUGAUCUUCAGAUUUUGAUGGUAUCAGAUUGUGUGGGAUUAUACACUAGUAAAUCGUGUGCCUGUUAGUGGGAGGUUUAUAACACUGGCCAUGAUCUAUAGAGGAGACGUCUAUUUCGUUCCUGUACUGUAUCCGUUUUUCGUGAUUGCACUUGUUGGCAUGCUAUAAGUUUAAUAAGGGGCACUCCAUAUUUUACUUACUGAGUUUAUCUCAUAGUUUUUUCUUGUCCACCAUUUCAGGAAGCGAAACCGAGGACAGGGAAACCACGGGAAGUGACGAGUUAGAAGGCUAGCCAUUUCGAGAUUGAUAUAGAUUUUAGAAAUAAAUCAUGCUUUUGUAAGAUAGAUUUUACCUUGAAUUUAUGAAAUCAAAACAGAUUUCGAUC